AGUUGGAGUUCGAGGCUCAUUCGCCACAUACGCCUCGUGGUGAUCAGUCAUUUAGCAUAGUUAUUUAUUAAUCAUGAAGGUUCUGGUCGUUCUAGCCGGCCUCCUGGCCAUCUCGGCUGCCGUCGGCCCCGUGGUCCCUGCCAAAGUCGUCUGCUACUACAACAGCAAGAGCUAUGUCAGGGAAUUCGAAGGAUGCAUUUAUCCAGCUCAAGCGCGCAUGCUGCCGUUGGACUUGGACCCUGCCCUGUCCUUCUGCUCCCACCUGGUCUACGGAUAUGCCGGCAUCCAGCCCGACACUUACAAGAUGGUGUCCCUCAACGAGAACCUGGACGUAGACCGCUCCCACGCCAACUACCGUGCUAUCACCAACUUCAAGACCAAGUACCCUGGUCUGAAGGUUCUGCUGUCCGUUGGUGGUGACUCUGACACAGAAGAAGCCCAGAAAUACAACCUCCUGCUGGAGUCCCCACAGGCGCGCACAGCGUUCGUGAACUCCGGAGUGUUGUUGGCUGAACAGCACGGUUUCGAUGGCAUUGACCUCGCCUGGCAGUUCCCCAAAUACAAGCCCAAGAAGAUCCGCUCCACUUGGGGAUCCAUCUGGCACGGUAUUAAGAAGACCUUCGGUACCACCCCUGUCGAUGAGAAGGAGGCUGAGCACCGUGAAGGUUUCACUGCCCUGGUCCGUGAGCUGAAACAGGCCCUGAACGUCAAGCCUAACAUGCAACUGGCCGUCACUGUCCUUCCCAACGUCAACUCAUCUGUCUACUUCGACAUCCCCGCCAUCAUCAACUUGGUGGACAUCGUGCAUCUUAGUGCCUAUGACUUCGAGACUCCUGAACGUAACCCCAAGGAGGCUGACUAUGCUACUCCCCUCUACACUCCUCAAAACCGCAACCCACUGUUGAACGCUGACGCCGUUGUCAACCACUGGAUCCAAGGUGGUGCUCCUGCCCACAAGCUGGUGUUGGGUAUCCCAACCGCUGCCCGCACCUGGAAACUCGACAGUGAAAGCGAGAUCUCUGGAGUUCCUCCAAUCCACGCUGACGGUGCUGGUGAAGCUGGACCUUACACCAAAACCGAAGGUAUCUUGAGCUACCCUGAAGUUUGCGCCAAAUUGAUCAACCCCAACCACCAGAAGGGCAUGCGUCCUCACCUCAGGAAGGUCACUGACCCCAGCAAGCGCUUCGAAAAAGAAUUAAAGAAAGACUUAACGAAGGACCCAGAGAUAACCCCUCUUUUUGGAACCUAUGCCUUCCGUCUCCCCGACGACAACGGUGACCCAGGUCUGUGGGUGUCCUACGAAGACCCUGACACUGCUGGACAAAGGGCUGCUUACGUCAAGGCCAAGAACCUCGGUGGAGUUUCUAUCGUUGACCUGUCCAUGGAUGACUUCCGCGGUCUCUGCACCGGAGACAAGUACCCCAUCCUCAGGGCUGCCAAAUACCGUCUUUAAAUUACAAUAUCAAUAUUAAUUACUCGUUAUAACAAUACCUAUUACUCGUAGUUACUCAAUAAACAUAUCAGAUACUCAAUGUAAUAUUCAGAUAUUGUAAUGUUAUUAAAUUAUAUCUUCCGUUUGUAUAUUUCAAUAGGGAUGAUGGCAGGGCAUGGACAUUAAACAUCUAUUCUGCCCGUCGAUUUGACAAAGAAAAAUAUUAGACAUGUAUUAUUUAUUUUCAUAUAAAACAUAUCUUUGUAUCUAUAUUAAAAUAAAAAAUCAUGUCUAAUGCUUUUAAUUAAUCUAUGUCGGUUGUUAUCAUCCCUCUCUAAAAUUGGACUGGUCAUUUAUACCAUAAUGGCGACGUUAUAAUCAUAAUAAUAUUAUUUAAACAACAGAAUAAUAAUUUAUAAUUGUAACUUUUUUAUAAUAAAACUCUACUUGCUGUGCGAA